GAUGAGGCAUAAGCUGAGGGUUUUGAAGAGGAAGAAAAAACUGUGAGAGUCUCAAGAAAAAGCAAGAGUUAGUUGGUGAAGUUGCAACUAUAUUGAAUAAUGAACAAAUUGAAUCUGUGUAGAAGAAAAGUCUAAUCAUUGUGCUAUCAUGGUGUGUGAGAAGGAGAGGGAGUGCAUUGAGGACAUGGAAAUUGAAAUCCUGCCUUCAAUGUGGCCUGAAGAUAUUGGAAGUGAAGUUGGAAAGCAGUUCAAUAUCGAAAAGCCUGGAAGGGAGCAGGAUAUGUUAGAAGAUGUUACAAUCAUAGAGGAGCCAACUAUAGCCGAUUUCAAGCGCCUCAUGGAGCUUACAAAUUUCACUGAAAAAGGGUCUUCUCAGUUGGCAUACCUCAUGAAACAUUGGGAGUACAAGCAGGCAAACGCGGUGCGCCUUCUGAGGGAAGAGCUCGACAACCUUAGCAAACAAAGGCAGGAUGUUGAGCUAAGGAAGCUGGAGAUAUUGGAGGAGCACCGGUUCGAGGGAGAAAGAUAUGGAGGCGACAAAAGGCCGGUGUCUAUAUUGGAGGAUGUUUAUGACAUAUGGCAGGACAUGCCGCGAAGGAAGAACAAGGUUGUGCUUCAGAACAAGAGAAUUGACAUAGAUGCUGCUGAGUAUGAUACUGUUAAGUAUUGGAAACAAAGGGCCUUGCGUUUGGAGAAAUUGCUUGAGGCAAGCAUCCAGAGAGAGCAGAUACUCCAAGACAAGUUGCUUGAAAGGAUCAACAACAUUGAGAGGCAAUCCUCACCUGUAGAAGAACUCUCCCAGAUUCUCAAAAGAGCAGAUAAUUUCUUGCAUUUCAUCCUCCAGAAUGCACCUGUUGUUAUUGGCCAUCAGGACAAGGAAUUGCGAUACCGGUUUAUCUAUAAUCAUUUUCCAAGUUUGCAAGAGGAGGACAUAAUAGGAAAAACAGAUGUGGAAAUAUUCACAGGAUCUGGGGUCAAAGAAUCUCAAGAGUUCAAGAGAGAAGUCUUGGAGAAAGGAUUACCUGCAAAAAGGGAAAUCACUUUUGAGACAGAACUAUUCGGAUCAAAGACAUUCUUGAUAUAUGUAGAACCCGUGUUUAGCAAAGUAGGGGAGACAAUUGGAAUAAACUAUAUGGGAAUGGAUGUAACAGAUCAGGUGCGGAAAAGAGAAAGGAUGGCGAAGAUUCGGGAAGAGAUUGCAGUUCAGAAGGCAAAGGAAACAGAACUAAACAAAACCAUUCACAUUACAGAGGAGACUAUGAGAGCAAAACAAAUGCUGGCCACAAUGUCUCAUGAGAUAAGGUCUCCAUUAUCUGGGGUAGUUAGCAUGGCUGAAGUUCUUUCUACCACAAAGCUUGAUGGGGAGCAAAGACAGCUCUUGGAUGUUAUGCUAUCUUCAGGAGAUUUGGUUCUUCAACUUAUAAAUGACAUUCUUGAUCUUUCCAAGGUUGAAUCAGGAGUUAUGAAGCUCGAGGCAACUAAAUUUCGGCCACGAGAGGUAGUAAAGCACGUACUCCAGACGGCUGCAGCGUCGUUGCAGAAAAUAUUAACCUUAGAAGGACAUGUGUCAGAUGAUGUACCAAUUGAGGUUAUUGGUGAUGUUUUAAGGCUCCGGCAAAUUCUUACAAAUUUGAUCAGCAAUGCGAUCAAGUUUACACAUGAAGGGAAAGUAGGUAUAAACCUAUAUGUUGUUUCAAAUAUUUCAGCAACUCAAGCAAAUGAAGAUAGAUACCUCUCAACACCUCAAAGUAGCAGUGACCGAAAUCUUCUUGAUGAUCAGAGACAUGAUCACCCUCAAGGCCAAAACCAUGCAUUUCAUGGUGAAUGCGGAUCACCAAUUAAAAGUGAAUUCUCAGUAAAUGAAGACACCGAGGAGCAUCAUCAUUUGACAGAGACAAUGGUGUGGAUACGCUGUGAUGUGUAUGACACAGGCAUUGGCAUACCAGAAAAUGCAAUACCUACUUUAUUUAAAAGGUACAUGCAAGUUGGCACAGAUCAUGCUCGAAAGUAUGGUGGCACAGGACUAGGAUUAGCAAUAUGCAAACAGCUGGUUGAGUUGAUGGGGGGUCAUCUAACAGUGUCUAGCAAAGAACACCAUGGUUCUACCUUCACAUUCAUACUUCCCUACAAGGUUUCAAUAAUUGAAGAAAAUUCUGAUGACACAGAUGAACUCUCUGAUAUGGAGAAUGAUGAAGGUGCUUGUGAUUAUACAACAGAAAGUUUCUUCCAAUUCCAACCGCGAACUUUAGGCUCUCUUUUCUCUUCCAAUGGUUCUAGCAGAGCACACAAGUUAUUAACACAUAAGAUUGGCUACACAAGCUCACAUACUUCAGAGUGUUCAUUCUCAUUCCCAUUCCCAUUUCAUGAUAUCAUAUCAAAAGGGACAUGUUCUGUUCAGGAUUCAUCUUUAGUUGUUGAUGCUCCAGAGAUAUCAGAAUCAUCAGCAAGUUCAUCCGGUCAGAGCCGAGAAACAAAGAUCGAAAAUAUAGUUAGCAGUGAUAAAUAUUGUCAAGAUAAGGGUAUUACAGAUUCUUCUAAACAUAUGGUGGAAGGUUCAGAAAUGGAUAUAGCAACAAAGCCAAGUGAACUUCAGAAAACAUGUAAGGUUCAAGGGAAUGCAAACAUGACAACUCAAUGUGUUACUAGCAUCUGUGCAUCAGAAUUAACCAGAUCCACAUCAAAGCCUAAGAUCCUUCUGGUUGAAGAUAGCAAGAUUAAUGUCAUGGUGACACAAUCCAUGAUGAAGCAGUUAGGCCAUAGCAUAGAUGUUGUGAAUAAUGGAGCCGAAGCAGUGCGUGCCGUUCAGCGCUGCUCUUAUGACCUGGUUUUGAUGGAUGUUUGCAUGCCAAUAAUGAAUGGCCUUCAGGCAACGAAAUUGAUCCGGUCUUUCGAGGAAACAGGAAAUUGGGAUGCUGCAAGAAAAGUUUUAAUGGAGUUAAAUCUACCAGAUCUAGAUCAUGAAUGUUCUGGACCAUCUAAAAAGCGAAUCCCAAUUGUCGCGAUGACCAAUAUCUAA